AUGCCUCUUCCCGUCUGCGCGCAGCUGGGGAGCCCCGGGGAGCGGGCACGGGCUCCCGGGUCCCCUGCCGCGGGAGAGCGCCCCGGGAAGGGCCCUGGGGGUCGGCGACACUGCCCUCAUGAGCCAGCUCUCGAGCGCUCGGGCGGGCCAGCAAGCCCCUGCUCCCUGCGGCCUGGCUUGUCCUCGUCGCCUCCGGGGACCCCGUCUUGGGAAAAGGUCCGCGCUCCCCCCCGCCCCUCGGAGCCCGGCUGCCGGCGGCGGCCCGCGCCUCUCCGCUUUCCCUUUACGCACGACCGCCCUCUAGCGACAACAAGACGUAACACUGCGUUCCGUUCCAACGCGAGGUCUAACCUCGGAACCUUCUGGUGUGUGCGGGAAAGCUCUGUGCCGGGGAGGGCCCGAUCUCAGGCCCUGCUGGGGAGCAUUGCAGAAGCGCCUCUGCUCCUCCCGGAAAGACACAGCCUGGAGCCCGCUCCCCAGAGGAAGGCUGGGCUGGUCCAAACGCCCCAGAUGCCUGUCAGCGAUGGCAAGGUUUCUCAGGCAGAAAACAUGUAUCUGCCACCUUCCUGCCGGCCCUGGACUGGUUCCUCCAGCCAGUCGUUCUGUUCCUCCGAGAGCCGCCGCCCACCUGUGAACCCUCGGCCUGGAGCCUGGAGCCCCCAGCCCGGGUUCUCUGUGCGGAGAGAGAGCUGCUUCCUGAAGGGGCGUGGCCAGCAGAACUCAGCCACAGCCAAUCACAGCGGAGCCCUUCAGGCAGGGCGUGGCCUGACAGCCUCAGCUACGCGGCUGGACCAAUCGGGACCCAGGAGGGGAAAGCGGGGUCCCCGUCGGGGCCCGGUGGGCCGCGCCCGGCACCUCCCGGCUCAGCGCGCUGGAUGGGCCCGGGAGGCCUCGGGAGGAGGCGGAGCCGCGGCGAAGUUUUGCAUGGAGCCCCUGGGAGGACGGGUCCCGGCGCUGGAGCAGCCGCAGGUCCCCACGGAGGCGCGACAGCCUGGGCGUCCCGAAAGCAGCCCGAGUCUGGCCGAGACGGUGAAGGAGCCGGCGGGCGCGGGCCCGGACCUCUCGUGCGAGAAGCUGCCGCCCGCGCCUCGCCCCGCGCGCCUGCGGCCGCCGCCGCUCAGCCUGGGCUACGGCGCCUUCCGCCGCCCCGGGUCCGCCGGCCCCGAGCCGCCGUCGCCGGGCCCCGCAUCGGCCGAGCGGCCCCAGGACGGCAAGGAGCCCGGGACCGAGCCGGCGCCCGGAGCCUGGGCGCCCGUGGAGCUGCAGGUGGACGUGCGCGUGAAGCCCGUGGGCGCGGCCGGCGGCAGCCGCGCGCCCUCGCCCGCACCCUCCACGCGCUUCCUCACCGUGCCGGUGCCCGAGUCCCCCGCCUUCGCCCGCCAAGCUUCCCCCGCACACCCGCUCCUGCAGCGGGCCCCGUCCCCGGGCGGCUCGUGGGGCUGGGCCAGCCCUGCCGAGGGGCGCGCGGGCUCCCCGGGCUCCCCCACGUGCCGCUGCCGCUGCCGCUGCCAGGAGCUGCAGCAGGAGGAGGACGCAGCGCCGCUGCACCGCGCGGGUGUGGACGGCGACCAGAAACUGCCCCGGGCGACAGCGCUCAUAGGGCUGCCCAUGUACAUGAAGUCCCUGCACUGGGCCCUGGCAGUCAUGGCUGUGCUCCUGGCAAUCUCUGCAGUGGCCAUUGUGGCCCUGGCCUCUAGAGCAGGGGCCAGAUGCCAGCCAUGCCCCCCAGGCUGGAUGUGGGCCGAGGAGCACUGCUACUACUUCUCUGCAGAGGCACAGGCCUGGGACGCCAGCCAGGCUUUCUGCUCAGCCCAGGGGGCUACCCUUCCCCUGCUGGACCACACCCAGGGACUCCUGAUUAGAUAUGCAGUCACCAAGGACUCCUGGAUGGGGGUCCAGCGAGGCCGGCAGGGCUGGCACUGGAUUGAUGGGACCCCUCUGCCACCGCAGCUAUUCCCAGAAGACGGGAACAACCCCAAUCUCAACUGCGGGGGCCUGGAGGAAGGCAAGCUUGUGGCUUUGGACUGUAGCUCUCCAAGACCCUGGGUCUGUGCCAAGGAGACUGAGUGA